UUCAGAUUAACUUCAUCAAUCUCACCCCCCUCCCCAAAUACCUCACCCAACCAAACACCAUGGGAUCACUUUCGCCAUUCCCUCCCGCGCCCAAGGCGGGCCUUGACUGGGCAAACUUGGACAUGACCAAACAUCUUCCCGUCAACGGCCACGUCGAGCUCCGCUUCCAUCAAUCCACCCAAUCCUGGACCUCCCCGUCUCUCGUGACAGGAAACCAGAUCUCCAUCUCCGGUCUUUGCCCGGGCCUCAACUACGGCCAACAAUGUUACGAGGGGUUGAAGGCAAUGCGCCGCCGCCGCCACCGUCAUGGUUCCCAGGAAGCAGAAGAAACCAUUGCCGUCUUUCGACCCACCUUCCACGCCGCGCGCAUGGCCCGCUCUGCUGACGCCGUCUGUCUGCCUCCGGUCCCAGAGCAUCUCUUCCUCGAGUGCAUCCGCCUCGCGGUGGCUGCCAACGCGGAGUAUGUACCCCCACUCGACGCCGAGGGAUUCUUGUACAUCCGACCAGUCCUGUUCGGGGCGUCGGAUGGCUUACCCUUAGGUCCAUGUGAGGAGAGCAUCUUUGCGGUGUACUGCCACCCGGCGCGGGCAUACCACGGAAUGCAGGGGAUCAAGGGCUUGGUAUGCGAGGAAUUUGAUCGGGCGGCGCCACGAGGAAUGGGUCGGUUUAAGGUCGGAGGGAAUUACGCCCCUGUAUGGCGCCACGCGGGGAAGGCGCAGAAGAUGGGUUAUCAUAUCACGCUGCAUCUUGACAGUGAGACGCAUUCCCUCGUGGAAGAAUUUGCCACGAGUGGAUUCUUGGGCCAUAAGGUCGUGGACGGCCAGGAUGUGCUGGUCGUGCCGGAGUCGGAGAAUGCGAUCGAGAGCGUCACCGGCUCGAGUCUACAGGUCCUUGCCAAGAGCAAGGGCUGGAGGGUGGAUAAAUCUCCGCUCCCUUUCUCUUCACUAGGGGAGCUAGAUGAAGUCAUUGCCGUUGGAACUGCCGCCGCCGCGGUGCCCAUUGCUUCCAUCGAUCGGUUGUCAACGGGCGAAAAGUAUGUUUUCCAGGCGACUGGAGAUGGGAAGCUGUGUGAUCUUGCUCGCAGCAUGCGCGCGAUACAAAAGGGACAGGCACCAGACCGUGAGGAUUGGUGUUUUGAGGUCACGGGUUUUUGAGUGUACUGGAUACUUGAGAAUUAGACAUAGAAA